AGACAUUUUCUUUCUUCGUGGUAUUGUUUUCUUUAACAACUGGUCUAGAGGCUACUGAUAGGUAAGAGCACGAGACUUUUUAAUGCUAGAAAAGACACAUAAUGAAUACAGCAAGAUAAUAUAACUUAGCUACUAUUUUGGCUAACUGUGUUCUAUUUACUACUUCACAAGACGUGUUGGGAGUGCAGUACUGAUAAGGAAUAAAGAAGAGUACAUUUCAACAAAAUUAAAGAGUCAGCCUUUUCCAGGAGGAUUAUAAACAACUUGCCCAACAUGACAGUUUGGGAAGUUUUAUCGCGUGUGCGCCCAAGAAAUAUGAGGGAAGUCCUGUUCUUGAGUAUUCCAACAUGUUUUCUUACUGCAUUGUGGCUUACAGGAAACCACGACUGGCUCUGGAUUCUUUAUCUCUUUUGCUUCAUUAUUGCAAUAGAGGAGCUCCAUGCACAAAGAAGAGCAGGGGAGGAUGCACAGAAAGAGACCCUGAAGAAGAUUGAGGUGCUCCUGAAGCAAGGCAGAGCACAGGAGGAUGCAGAGAAAGGUGAGCUUAUGCAACGUAAUGAGACUCUGAAGAAGGAGAAUGAGGAGCUCCGUGCCAAGUAUGCACAAUGUCAAGAGCAGAUUGAGGAGCUCCUGAAGCAAGGCAGAGCACAGGAGGAUGCAGAGAAAGAGACUCUGAAGAAGGAGAAUGACUUAUUGCGUGCACAAAGGCAUAAAGUUGAUGUCACCCUCGAUGCUGACACAGCUCAUCCUAGACUGCAAGUGUCUGAAGAUGGGAAGAGUGUAACAGACACCGGUGUGAUCAGAAAAGUGCCCAGCAAGGAGGAGAGAUUUGAUUCCCACACUUUUCUGUUGGCAAAAGAAGGUUACACAUCGGGGAGACAUUAUUGGGAAGUGGAUGUUGGAAAGAAGCUCAACUGGAGCUUGGGUGUUGCCCAGGAGACUGUGACUCGGAAAGAGACAGUGGCUCUGUCCCCAGAGAAUGGUUUCUGGGUCAUAGGUUUAGCAGAUGGGCAAGAGUAUUGGGCCCACUCGGAUCCCUGGACCCGUUUAACUGUGAGUGGCAGACCACAGAAGAUUGGGAUCUUCCUGGACAUCUCAUCCAAGAAGUUGUCAUUCUUCAAUGUUCAUCAGAAAAAAAUGAUGUAUGCUUUUAGCUUUGUUAAUUAUCACAGCCAGAAUGUGAAGCUUUUUCCCUUCUUCUCAACAGGUUCAUCUGCAACCAAUUCUGACACUGAGCCUCUAAGAAUUGCAUGGGGGUUUGAUGAUGAUGACAAGUGAAUGAUUGAAGUGAAAAUGUACAGUUAAUUAAUGACUGAAAAGUGAGUCUGAGGUCCGAGUACACUACAUUCAGCCCCAUGCUUUGUGCCACCAAGUUGAAAUAUAAAAUUCUUUCACCA